GUCAAAACAGAAAGGCUUCGACAGCAGAUUCCCACCUUUAUCUUCAAGUUUAAAUACUAGGAUCAGCACACAUAGUUACAAAUGAAACAAAACCUGAGGGGAAAAAGUCUGUAUUUUACAGUCUCUCUCCCAAAGGACGCGGCACCCCGCAGCUGAAAGGGGGCUACGGGGCGAGAACUGGCUGUAACCAGAUCUGUUUAACGACCCCCCCGCCCCUGCCUAUGAGGGAGGGGACCUUCAUGAAUGCGAGCGAGUGUACGACGGGAUGUCUACUAGCGUGUGUGUGUCUCCACGUGUGCGUGUUUGUGGACAUACGCACGUGUCCGUAAAGUUCGCCGUCUUACUGAAGCAGCGCGCGCCAGCGGCGGGAUUCCAGCGGCAGCGAUAGCCGAGCGAAGGAAGAGCGUUUCCGUCCCAAAGUAGCUACACACAGGCCAUGGCACCGUGUGGAGUCAAGGGGACCCGUUUCUUGGGGCCCAAUGUGUACACGGAGGCCCCUGAUGGAGGCUGGGGAUGGGCGGUGGCUGUGGCCUUCUUCUUGGUGGAGGUUUUCACAUAUGGCACCAUCAAGAGCUUUGGCAUCUUCCUCCAGGACCUAAUGAGGGAGUUUGGAGAGACCAACAGUCGGGUCUCCUGGAUUGUUUCCAUCUGCGUGUUUGUCAUGACCUUCAAUGGUCCUCUCUCCUCUGUGAUGACUAACCGCUUUGGUUUCCAGCUUGUUGUUAUGGUUGGAGGAUUCCUUAUUUCCUCGGGUACCAUUGCCACCAGCUUUACCAGCUCAGUCAAUCAGAUGUACAUCACCUAUGGAUUAGUUGCAGGUCUGGGCUACUGUCUGACAUUCCUGCCCACUGUGACCAUCCUUUCCCAUUACUUCAACCGUCGACGGUCACUGGUCACAGCUGUGGCUUCCACUGGAGAGUCCCUGUCCAUGUUCGCCCUGGCACCAGCCUUUUCUGCAUUGAGGGACCAUAUUGGCUGGCGACACACCAUGGCAGUGAUAGGAGCUUUGCAGGGCACCAUCAUCAUCUGCGGUGCUCUGCUCCGGCCAAUCAUUAUCAAACCCAGAGUGACGGAGACUGACAGACUGUCUCCAAAGGAACUGGAGGUCCUCGGUACACAGGACAAUGUGGAGGGCACAAAUCCAGAGGACUCUGUGACAAGCAAUUCCUCACAUUCACAAAAUACCUCCCACAGUCUGGACAAUGAGCUAACCAGAGUCUCUGCGAGCACAGGAGACUCAGGUGUCCACUCUCUAAAGGACACAGACAACAGCAGCCCAGAGGAAAAGACUCUCCUGGACAAAAAGGGAAGGAUAGAGACAGAGCAAACAUCUGCAGAAAGCGGUAUGGCAGGGAUUAGAGAGUCGGAAACAGAGGAGACAAAGAACAAAGAUGCAGAGAAACAAGAGAUGAAAGAUGAGGAAAUUAAAUCAGGUGAUAAAAAGCUCCCAGCAAAGAACUCCAAACUUCUCGAUUUCUCCAUCCUCAGAGAAUCUAGCUUCAUUUUCUAUUCUCUAUUUGGACUGUUCGCCACGCUCGGCUUCUUCGCUCCUCAGCUCUACAUCAUCGAGCUGAGCGUGAGUCGAGGCGUGGAGCGAGACCGUGCCACCUACAUGCUCUCCACCAUGGCCGUGGCUGAAAUCUUUGGCAGAUUCACCAUCGGGUGGAUCCUGACACGGAAGCAGUUCAUGAAGAGGAAGCUGCAUGUGCUUCUGGCAUGUGUUAUUACAAUGACUGUGGAUCUGGUGGGAUUUACUUUGGUUACGGAGUUCUAUGGCCUGGCUGUGUGCUGCGCUUUGUAUGGGUUCUUAAUGGGAACCCUCGCAUGCACCCACAUCCCCAUGCUGGCUGAGGAUGAUGUGGUGGGCAUAGAGAGGAUGUCUUCCGCUGCUGGCGUCUAUGUGUUCAUACACAGCUUUGCUGGACUGGCUGGACCCCCACUUGGAGGCCUGCUGGUGGAUGUGACACAGAACUACGGCUCAGCCUUCUACUCGUGUGCAGUCGGCAUGGCACUUAGUGCCCUGUUCUUGGGUUUGGUAAAACCUGCUAAAAGAGGAUUAUUCUGCAGGAGGCGGAAAUCAAAACACCCUGAAGACAUACAUGAAAGGACAGGGGACUCCGAGGAACACAGUGCAGCACAUAAACCAGACAAAAGAACUGACAAUCCUGAGAAUUGCUCUGAGCUGGAUGACAACUUGGUCCAUGAUCAGGUGGAGGCCACAAGAGAUGUCCAGGAGGUUAUACGUUUUGCAUGAGCUAAUAACACCAGGAUAAGGGUAAUAAAAAGGUCAACCAUAUGAGGGUAAAGCCUGUCUAUACCGCUGGCAAGUGCUGAAGUGACAUGAAUACAAUGUAGAGAAAGACCGAUAUUAAGUGUUAAUCAUCUGCCACUGUAGAUCUGGGCUCUGAGUGCAAUCUUCAGAACUUUAAGAUCACAAUAUGUCUGCAGAAACUGUGCCUAACAUGACAUAUGUACCAAACAGUGUUUUUCUAGAGUCAGUACUGUUACAAUGAAAGAGUGUGCUUUUAAAUUAGCUUUAAGUGAGUAAACAUUUACUAUAGACUUGCUUUAAAGGACAAUGGUGUGAGAUAUGGAAGUAUGGACGUGUUCCAAGAAUGGAUCAUGAGUGAUCCAGUGUCAAUGGAUGUUUAGAUGUUUAGAUUCCAGAAAUGAGAUGCAACACUGAUACUUGAUGAACUACUUACCUGCUGGUGAUCAAUACCGCACUGAUAACCAGAGUGACACAAAUGUAGCGGCAAGAACAUUUAAUUGCACAGAUUCUGUAACAUGUGUUAUAGAAAAUACAUGAAGCUCAGGAGAUAACCUAUGUGAUUAAUUGUUUUGAAUUUUUUAAUCAAACUGUUACCAAGCCGACGAUGUGCUGUUUUGUGAUAUGAGAUGUCAGACUCACUAUUUUUGUAAUGAAAAUGUGUUCAAUCACA